UGCCGUGAAACUGAGCAGAAAGUGGUUUUCUAAAAUAGAAUUUUACGCCAAAGUUUAGCCACAAAAUAAAUGAAUAAAUUAUAAAAAUUUUAUAUAGUAUAACUAAAGUAGAACACAGUGAUUUCCAACAAAUAAUAUUCAUUAAAAGCCUUAAUGGUUUACAAAAUUAUCAAAUUGUUAUAAUUUUUGUUGAAAUUUAAACGUAAUUUUGAGUAAAUUUUUAAUAAAUUAAAACUUACAUAAUAGUUGUGUGUAAUUGAAUAAAAAAGAAAAUUUUGGUUAAUUUUUUUUCAAAAAGACAAAAAGAAAAAGGACUUGAUUAAUGGUCUUUUGUAAGUAGAACAAAUAUUAAGGUGUCACGCAACUAAGCUAUCAACCGAAAAUAGGUCUUACCUUUAAGUUCAACAAACAUUUAAUUAAAAACAAAUAUUAAAAACAUAAACUAAAUAAAACAUGUUAUAUUCUGUAAUGUUUUAUUUAACAAAUAUACCACGUUUACAUUUAUGGGCCUAUGCUACCCUGGCAUAUGUUAUAUAUUAUUUAUUACAAGUAGUUAAGCGUCCAAUUGUAGCCUGUGCUGAUGGACCAUUUAAAAAGUUUUUAUAUAAUAAUAUACCGACAUUAGAAAUGAAAUAUUGGCCUACAUUUUGGUGUUUUGAAAGUCGGGCCCAAACAGUAUUUGCCAGUAUUAUAAGAUCACAAGUAUUGCCAAAAAUUAAUUACAGAAGAGAAAUUCUAGUGCUACCCGAUGGCGGUGAAGUAGCUUUGGACUGGAUGGAAGAUGGCUGCAGUAAAGAUGGUCCCUGUGUUAUUUUACUACCCGGUUUAACGGGUGAAUCACAGGCUGAAUAUGUGAAAUGUUUAGUAGUUGCCGCCAAACAGUCCGGCUUGCGCGUGGUAGUUUUCAAUAAUCGUGGUCUGGGUGGUAUUGAAUUGAAAACUCCUCGCUUGUAUUGUGCCUCAAAUUGUGAGGAUCUUUCGGAGGUGGUUAAGCAUGUGGGUAAAACUGUACCCAAAGAUAGACUGGGAGCAGCAGGUAUAUCAAUGGGUGGUCUUAUAUUGGGCAACUAUUUGGUGCGUAAAGGUGUAGAGGCACGUACUUAUUUGGCAGCUGCCAAAAUUAUAUCUGCUCCUUGGGAUGUACACAAAGGAACCGCCAGUAUUGAAAAGCCUAUUUUAAAUAAUUUAUUGGGUAGACAUUUGACCAAUAGUCUGUGUAAGACUUUAAAAAGUUGUGAAAUUUUUAAAGAUGCUGAUAUUGAUAUGGAUAAAAUUUUAACGUGUAAAACCAUCAAAGAAUUCGAUGCCUUAUUUACAUCAAAACAAUUUGGUUAUGCCCACGUAGAUGACUACUAUUCCGAUGCUACACUACAUAAUAAACUACACUACAUUACCGUGCCAUUGUUAUGCCUUAGCGCUGCUGACGAUCCAUUCCAACCGCUCGAAGCCAUACCCAUUAAGCCAGCCGAAGAGAGUACUCAUGUCGCCAUAGUUGUAACAGCUCGUGGUGGUCAUAUUGGUUUUCUUCAGGGAUGGUGGCCAUCAUCGAAAGAAGAGUAUAUGGGACGUUUAUUUGUAGAAUAUUUUACAACUGUUUUAUGUGAUAAAAUGGAUGAAUUUAAAAAAAUAACCAGCGAAAUGUUUGAAAAAUAUGAUGAACAAAAGUAUUUAUUUCCAACUGAAGAACUCGAUAAGAAGGUUGAUGUGAAAAUAUCUUCGUCGUUUUUGAAUUCGGAACAAUUAGAGGAGUUGUGCAAGGAAAUGUAGUUUGAUACAAAUUUCGCAGAAGGUCUGUUUUUUUUUAAUAAAACAUAAAAAAAUAGAAUAAUUUUGUAGUAGAAUUGGUUUCCUGCUAAACAUAUACUCGUACUAUAUACAAAAUGUUACUUAAAUUAGGUUGUUAAACUAAAUUUCUUAUUUUAAUA